AUGGACAUCCGAAUCCCCCCCCUCGACAUCUCCCUCCACCCGAUCCCCCCCAACAUCCGCCGAAACCCCCUCGUCCGCCUUUUCGCCCUCUACCUAGCCCUCUACCCUUCCUACUUCCUCACCCGCAUCAUCACCCGCCAUCUUCUCCCCCUCCUCUUCCCGCCCGACCCAAACAACAACAACAACAACAAUAACAACCACCCCAAUCACGACCACCACACCCCCCAGGACUGGUUAUCUUAUCGCCUCGAACGCAUCCUCUAUUUCCCUUCCUGGCUGCCUUCUUUAUCUGGAGGAGAAGCAGCUGCUGCUGCUCCCGAGGUCCCUGAAGUCCCCGAUAUCGGGUCCUUUGCACCACUGCAGGCAGCAAUCGAAGCGAGGGGGCGGCUGCCGGCUGAUCAUUAUUAUCCGUAUUUUCCCCCCGAGUCCGAUUCCGACUCUGAUUCAAACCCGGAGUUGGAGCCGCAGGCGCUGGGUUCAUCGGGGCGGUCGUCGUCGUCGUCAUUGCGAAGAUGGAGAAGGAGGCAGAGGAGAGGGUGGACGGGGAGGAGGGUGAUGAGGAGCUUGGUGUAUGGGUGGAGGGAGUUGGGGGUGCUUUGUGAGAGUUUGCAGGGGGCGUUUAUGGUUGCGAUGGGGUUGGAGGAUGGGGAUGAAGUUGUGGGGGAUGAGGAUUUACAUUGGCGGGGGGGUGGGGGUCAGGAUGCGUAUGAGGAGAGGGGGGUGAGAGGGGGGAAUGGGCAUGUGAAUGGGUAUGUGAAUGGGGAUGAGAAUGGACUGGUGGAGUGA